AUGCUCCACAGUGAUGCCAAACUCAGACUUGGAGAGGAUUUUUUUAAGCAACCAUGCAUCAGUUUAGCAAAGGCGCUCCUUGGGAAGGUGUUGGUCCGCAGGUGUGCAGAUGGAGUGGAGCUGCGGGGGAAGGUUGUGGAGACUGAAGCGUACCUCGGAGGAGAAGAUAAAGCCUCCCAUUCAGCUGGAGGGAAACGCACAGAGAGAAAUACGGCCAUGUUUAUGAAGCCCGGCACCAUCUAUGUCUAUCCCAUCUACGGCAUCUACCUCUGCAUGAAUGUGUCCAGUGAGGGGGAGGGCGCCGCGGUGCUGUUACGAUCCCUGGAGCCGGUCCGGGGCCUGUCCGUCAUGAAGCAGCUGAGGGCGGCGAAGCGCAAAGACGGAGCCAGACAACUGAAGGACAAAGAGCUGUGCAAUGGGCCCUCAAAGCUGUGCCAGGCGCUGGACAUACCGCGCUGCUUUGACCGCCGGGACUUGGCCUCAGACCCGGAGGUUUGGCUGGAGCGGGACCCCAGCCCUGAUCCACAAGACUUCAGCAAAAUUGUGACAGCAGCACGAAUUGGCAUCGAGUCACAUGGGGACUGGGCAAAGAAACCACUACGAUAUUACAUUUUAGGCCACCCAUGUGUCAGCUGA